UAUUAGGCCUACAUGAUGCAAACAUGCACAAAGCAGUUAUAUUGUCCAAUCAUGUUGCUGUCACUGUUUCUGUGUAGGCUAGAGGUCUGGCUUUAAAUAUAAUGAAUAUGAACAAGUACAAGGUUGCUGCAGUUUGACAGGGGUUUUAUCCUCCCCAAGGCCAGGAGUUUUGCCAAUACUUUUUUUUAAACCAUGUGACCUGAUUAGAAAAACUCUUGGCCCAUCAUAGCCCACAUAAAACCUUUUUACAACUGGUUAAUCACCUAAUACUGUAGAAGGUCUGGAGUUGUACCUGUUUAGGUUACCAGAUCAGGAUAAACUACUGGCCCCAGGAACAAAGAUCGCCCCAGCACUCUGGAACCCGUGGUGUCACCUCUGGGAUCACAAGAUAGUAUGCUGACCAACACAGAGCUCCUAGAGGCAAACAUGGUCAAGGUCUUCUCUGUCGACUGGCUCGCACAGAGCAAUCACAACACCAACCCGAAAGAAGGACCUGUGGACACUAUACCAACCUACUGCAGACCCCAUGUUCCUUGUAUGGUCCAGCCUCAACCGCCAACAUUUUAUAACAAGGUCUACCUCCAACCAAAACCAAAGACCACGAGGGUUGAACUCACGGAUUCCACUGAAGAACCCCAAAAUCUAGAAUCCAGGUUGAGCUCACCUCUGCAUCCGAUAACAUGUUCUUCCCCAAGUCUUUCAGAAACCAGCGGGUACACCUCGGGGUAUGACAGUGAGGCGGUCUCCUCGGAAUGUCCCUCUGUGGAAGAGACGAGCGAGGGAGAGAAAGACGGUGGCCAACGACGUGUGCGUACUAGGUUCACACCGGAGCAGAUAGAAAAGCUGGAGAAGAUUUUCAACAAACACAAAUAUCCAGAUGCUGGAGAAAGAGUCAAAACGGCACUGAAGUUGAACCUCUCUGAAACUCAGGUGAGAACUUGGUUUCAGAACAGGAGGAUGAAACUGAAAAGGGAGCUCCAAGAGUAUCCAGUUCAGUCUCAGAUGAUGUUCCAGCCCAUUCGACCAUUUCAGUACCACGGCUUCGGUGAACAGCAACUCUCCCCCGCUGUAAACCACGUGAUAUACCAGCCCAUGGUGCAACAGAUCCCCAUGGAACAGAUGGUUUCUCAUCAACACCCUUACGCAUAUUUCUACUAAGGACAUUAAAAACUACAGACUGAACUUUCCACUCUAACACUAAAUUCGAGUGAAAUCUAGUUGUUGUUUUUUCUUGGACGUGAACAUGUUUUAUAUUUCUUUAAAGAUGUACAGAUGUUAAAAUUAUAUUUAUCAUUCAAUAAAGUCUAUCUUAUAUCACAACCUUACUUUUCUACUU